UUCCGCGGCGAACAUGGCGGCGCUGGGCGGCGGCAGCGGCGGGCAGUGGCGGCAGGGUUGGCUGCCCGUCCUGCAGCUCAUCCGCCACGGCUCCAAGGCGGUCACUCGGCACUGGAAGGCCAUGCACUUCCAGCGCCAGAAGCUCAUGGCUGUGACUGAGUACCUGGCCCCGAAACCGCCCAUCCCAGAGCAGUGCCUGCCCCCCAAGAAGCAAAUAGUCGAGGAGGAUGACGGCUACGUCAGGCUGUUACGGCGGCAGGUGGCAGAGGCGUUCCGGGAUAACAGGAUGAUUGUGGUGUGUCAGUACAACCCUAUGGCCAACGAAGACAUGCUGCUCAUGAGACACUAUCUCCGGAAGCACAACAUCGAGGUCAAGUUUUUCCUGAAUGAGAUUGUCAGACCUGUGCUGUCGCAGUCCAAGUACAAGAAUCUCCUCCCUCUCUUUGUGGGACGCAAUAUCGUGCUGGUGAGCCCAGAAACCAAGGCGAAAGAGAUGCUGCGGGUCUUGAGGAGCGUUCCGCAGAUCAACCUCCUGGGUGCCUGCAUCGAUGACACCAUCCUGAGCAAGAAAGGAGUGGAGAACUUUGCCAAACUGCCCUCUCUGGAGGCUUCCCAAGGGCAGACAGUGGGCGCCCUGGCCCUCCUGCCCUCCCAGACAUGCUCCCUUCUUCAGCGUGGCUCUGUGCGCCUCACGGCCCUGCUGGAUGAGUACAUUAGACAGCUGCAGGCUGGGGCUGAGGUGACACCUGGGAGCCCAGGAGGAAACCCAGCGAAGCCGGUGCCUUCCCAGAGCUCUGAAGCCCAUUGACGCUGGCUCCCCGAUUGGGUCCCGCAUAUAUGGGGGCCAGGAGUCUGCUCCUUCACCAGGCUGCAGUUGGGUGGUUGGGAACUGAAGGUCUGGUCCUGUGUCACAUCCGGGAGUGGGACUGAGGACAGUAGCGGGGCACUGCGAUACCACCAGCCUGUUUGGGGAGCCCCAUUUGCGCAGCCCUUUCCUCUGCUCCCAGCUACUCGCACCGCUGGUGCGUGGGAGCGACUCGUUGUGUUUUGAGUGCCGUGCUGUGGCGGGGGCCGCGGUUGGAGGCGGGGAGCACAGCACUUGCGUUGGAGAGUCCUGGGAAUCGGCUGGAGUAGGCAGAGCCCAGGCAAAGACUGUGGCUGCUGCUGACGUGGAAAACAUCUAGUCUGCAUGCACAGAAACACUCUGAGCAGCGCCAGCCAGGAGCUGGGAACUGUUAGGCCCUCGGCGGACCUGGCAGCGAGGGCGAGGAGCGCUGUGACGCUCCCCGGGAGCCGGGGCAGAGGCUCAGUGCUGGCUGAGCUCUGUCUCUGCGGAAGCCAUCUCUCUUCCAAUAAAGUGAACCAUUUGGCGUUAAGCA